CCGGAAAACAUUUGAACUUUUCUUUGUUUAUGUGGGGACUGUGAAGUUGUCAUGGGCUAAUUGUAUCUGAGCUCUCGAUGACUUGUUGUGUUCGCUGUUGAUGGUGGAAGAGAGCAAAGGAUAGAUCUGAGAGAUAACGAGUUGAAGAAUGCGCCAGUCAGCGCAAGUUCAAACGUACGCGCGUUUCCAACGUGGCGUGCUGCGUUGCAAACAGACUGUAGGGGUGGAAAAGGGCCGUGAUAUUGGAAGCGCUGCCUCGAGGCAAAGCCUUUACAAGGAAGUCCGGGUCCAAUCUCACAGGACAUUUCAUUCCUGUGCCAGGUUAAGGCGCCAUCAAGCCAGCUAUAGCUAGUAGCGCUGGGGCCAGCUGUAUUUCCUACGUUCAUAUCAGAAACAAUACUCACCAAGGGGCAGAGAAUGGAAACACGGUCACAAGAACAAAUGUCACAUUACGAAAGACACGAUGAUCUAGCGAGUUCCGACUUAUCCGAAUCCCAUUUGAUGGCCUCCACCUCAACCAGUGCAAAGUUUCUACAGCUUUAUCAAUCCCUUCCAGCCGAUGCACAGUACGCUCUUGUCGAGAACUCACUUGCACCCCUCCUUGAUGUGGUUUCCAAACCGAAAUCAAACCUCAUUCUUGCAUCAGCAGCACGCAUGCACAAAACAUAUGCUAGCAUGCCAUCCCUGAACCUGAAAGCAAAGAAAUUGGAGAUCGCUUCACUCCUGGACGAACUAGCCCGCGACCACAAACGUUCUUAUGUGAAAGAAAAGUCUCGCAAAGAAGAACUUCUCGCAGAAGCCAUCGAGAGCGUCAUCGACUGGCUCAAUGAUAUCUGGAGAGUCGUAUACGAGUACGGUACAAACUUUUCAAAGGCCCAUGAUUGUCUUUUGCACGCGUUUAAAGCAAUCGAACAGAUCGGUGACGCGAGAGUCGGGUGCAAGUGUUCCUUUAUGAACAUGUACAUCUCUGUGAAGAUCAGGCGCUCCUCUGGCAAGGUCGUCAAGUCUUUCCAUUUCACUGGCGCGCACAACCUCGAUCGUGUCAUGCUUUGGAUUUGGCGCGACCUUUUCGUAGUCAUGCUUGCCGAUGGCACUAAGCGUCAGAAGUCUGCCAUUCCAGAUAUGCUAGACGAUAUUCGCUCCCAAUUUGGCUGGAACGCCCUCGAGCUAUUACUCUACGGUGGUCAAAAAUCCGAUGACGACGAAGACGAUUUCGAUGAUGAUGUCGAUUAUGACGAUGACUACAGCGAAGAGUACACUGAUACUGACGCAAACUCCGAUGGCACCGCUUGCAGCGAUGCUCAAUGUCCUUGUGGUUCCCACGCAUCUCAUUGGUCUAGCAAGUUCAACAACGUUUGCACCUCCCUCCGCAAUCUCAUUCGCACCUCUCUCAUUUCUAUCUUUGCUACCUCGCCUAGUCCAAUUCUCUUUGCAAGUAUCAGUGUCAUAUCUGAAGCGGAUGCAACGGAUGAGGAUGACCUUUGCGAAGAGCUCCUCCCCACACUCAUGCGCAUAGCCACCUACAGCCCCGAGAAUUUUGCCGCAGCACUGCAUAUAUGUGCGUUGCAUUCACAUACAGAUAAUAUCAGUACUCUACUCGCCAGCCACUCUUACCUUCUGCGUCCCUGCGACGCGCCCGCACACCAGCUUGCAACCGUAAUACUUUCUACAGAACCAUCCUACCAGCUCAAUGCACUGCGCAUCGUCGAAAAAGAGCUGCUCAACACUGUGCACGCCAUCCACGCCGCCGUACGGAACGCAUUUUGCCAUAUUGAUGUUCAGGCCAAUAGGACGGAGCUGACUGAGAUUAUGGCAUUGCAUUCGGAGGCACUGGGGCGACGAGGGCGGAUUGACCGCUGGGUGGGUGCUGUAGUGUCACCUACAAGUGAUACUGCCCAUCCGAUGGCACUGGCGGCGCUUAUGAUGGGGCUUCCUCUCCCCCCUGGGAUGGAAGGGGCUAUGGACGAUGCCGACCCGCUCGGGUACAUUGACAUGGAUAUCCAGGAUCCGGAUCUGGAUGACCUGCGGGAAGAUUUCCGUCCAAACCUAAAGGCACAUCUUGUGGGUUGGAUAGAAGCGGGCCGGACAAUCAAGGGAGGGGCGUCGGUGUUGCUGAAACUGUAUACUCUAAUCGUCGAGAUGAUGCCGUUCUUGGGUGCACCAGAUAUAGUGGAUGAGAUGACGGGACGACUCUCUGAGAAACCAAGUAAAACAGCAGAAGCGCAAGUUCGCAAAGCCAAAGAGCAAGCAAAAGCCGCCACAUACCCCCAAUCCCUCCCAAGCAUCAAGCCAAUCAAGUAA